UUAAUUAGUAAUAUUCAAUAUAUAAUUACAAAAUGGACAAAUAAUUAUAUAUGGAAUUGAUCUGAAGCUUAAUUUUUACAUCACCAAAAGAAGGUGGUUGCUAGGUGUUAUAACAUGGCUUCGAGUGAUGAAAUAAACACAGCAAUGAAAGAGAUUUUACAAUUUAUUGAUACAUUAUCACCGGCCGAUUAUAAAAAUAACAUUCUUGAAUACAUACUUGGUAUGACUGGUACAGCAGAAGGUUUAAAAACAAUUUUAAAUAACGACUUACUUAUUAAAGCUCUUAAAAAGCUUAUUUUGUAUGAUGAAAAUGAAAAGGCACGCCUUAAUAGCCUAAAAAUUGUUGUCAAUAUAACUUCAAUGACAAAAGAAGAUGAUUUAAUUCGAAAAUUUUUAGAACCAUUAUUUAUCAAAGUCAUGCUUACUGUUGCUACUGAACCUGAAUCAGAAUGUAGUGAUUUGGUAGCCAUGUUGUUAACUAACAUAACUCAAGCAAAGAAUAACGCUGAAGUAGUUUUAGAUUGCAUCCUAAAUAAUGAUAACUUUUCUUUGAAUAAAUUUAUUGAUGCUUUUUGCAAUGAAAACUACAAUAAAAAAGGUUGCAGUCUUCAUUAUAUAGGAUCUUUUCUAGCAAAUUUAACCUUAUGCAAAGAAACUCGACAUCUUUUUCUCAAAAAAGAUGAAUGUCUUUUAAAAAGACUUUUGCCAUUCACUGAAUAUGAGAAGUCUUUAUCCAGGCGGCUAUCUGUGUCAAGAAUUAUAAAAAACUGUUUGUUUGAAACAGAUUAUCAUGAGUGGCUGCUGUCUGAUGACAUUGACAUUAUUAUUCAUUUGCUUAUGCCAUUAGCAGGUCCUGAAGAAUUUACACCUGAUGAAAAUGAAUGCCUUCCACUUGACCUACAAUAUCUUCCAGAUACUAAACAGCGUGAAAAAAAUAAAGAUGUUCAGAUUCUUUUAUGCGAGUCACUAUUUCAGUUAUGCGCUACAAAAUCUUGUCGAUUGCAGUUAAAAAACAAUGGAACAUAUUAUGUUCUUCGGGAGUUCCAUAGAUCUUUAGACAAUGACGAUGUAAUUGAAGAACCUUUAGUGAAUCUCAUCCAAGUUUUGAUCGGUGAUGAACCUGAACCAGGAAUGGAUAACUUAAGAACGCUUGAAAUUCCAGAACAUAUACAGAAACAGUUUACCAAGAUUGAAAGUGAAGUAACUCAAAAUAAAUAUGAAAUAGUGAAUUAAUUAUUUUGAUAACCUUGUUAUUUUAUAUCGAAUUGAAUAAAGUAGUAAAAAUUAAUUAAAGUUAAAA